AUGAACCGGGUCAACCAGUUGCGAGAACAUAUCCACAACGCCUCACUUACACAGUCAAACAUGGCCCAAGAACCCACAAUCCACGAGAUCUUUGAGCCGGUCACAGGCACAUGGCAGUACAUCGUAGCCGACCCUUCAACCAAAGCCGCAGUGAUCAUCGACUCCGUCUUGGAUUUUGAUCCAGCAAAGAACGCCAUCUCUACACAAACAGCCGACGGCCUUCUCGACAUGGUAAAAAAGAAUGGCUACAAUGUUGUCAAUAUCCUAGAGACACAUGUCCACGCCGACCACUUGACGGCAUCCAAAUAUUUACAGUCUCGGCUGCGGGAGGCACAGGACGGCGCCGCCCCCAAGAUCUGUAUCGGUAGACGGAUCGGGGUCGUGCAAGAGAGGUUCGCUGAGAAGUAUGGCAUCUCCAAAGACGAGUACGCCAAUGCCUUUGACCGACUGCUCGACGACGAUGAGGUCUUCGAGAUUGGAGACCUCAAGGCCAAGGCCAUCCACCUGCCGGGCCACACCCCCGACCACAUGGGCUACAUGAUCGGAGCAAACGUCUUUGCGGGUGACUCCCUCUUCAAUCACGACGUCGGGUCCGCGCGGUGCGACUUCCCCGGUGGUAAUGCCCGUGACCUCUUCGCGUCGGUCCGCCGGCUGCUCGAUCUGCCAGAGACCACCAAGAUCUGGACAGGGCACGAUUACCCGCCGGCCCACCGCGGACCCCUGGCGGCGACGGAAGUGGCGAAGCAAAAGACCGAGAACAAGCACCUCGCGCAGAACGUGACGGAGGAGGACUUUGUCAAGUGGCGCGAGGAGAGGGACUCAGGGCUCGGGGAGCCUAGGCUCAUGCACUGGGCGCUGCAGGUCAACGUGAGGGCUGGGAAUAUGCCGAGUCCCACCAAGGCUGGAGAUCGGUUGCUGCAUGUGCCUGUCAAGAUGCAGGGCGUGACUUGGUGA